UGUUUGCUCUUGCUUUCAGAGUGCUGUGGCGUUGCUAAAAUGGAGGCAACGAGAACUGCCCGGAGAUAGGGCCACCGGCGGAAAGUCAUCAAAGUAUUGUUCCAACGGACGCAGCAGACGGAGAAUGGACGUUCCGCCCAAGUCGCGCUACACGGACACCUCGUACCUGAUCUUCCAGCAGCUGAAGGAGGGAGGGCUGCAGUGUGCCUUUCCGGCGAUCUACGAACUGCUGAAUCCGGGCAGUCGCCCCAGCGGACGGCCGGUUCCCGUGGAUGAGCUGCCAGUCGGUGUGGAGCCGAUCGGCGAACCGAAGAAUGGCGCCGGCGCGAAGAAGCCGGCAAUCGGGGGACAGUACAAGGCGAAGGACAGUAGGAAGGCGGCCGGCAGUGGGAUACCGCGGAAGCAGAGCAAGGUCGCCGAGAAGCGGAAGAAUCGGAGGAGUUUGGAGCUGAAAGCGGUGGAAGAGGCUACGCGCGAGGAAGAAGACGCGGUCAGUGUUGCCAAAGAAGAGGGGGUGAUCGGGGAAAGGGAAGAUGAGAAGAAAGUACAAGUGUAUGAUUUGAGGGGGGUGGUUGGGGGGACGGAUGUGACCGAUUCGCGGCAUGUGAGUGUGAUCAGUAGUGGUGACGAGCAGGGUUGUGUAGUGCAGAAGGAUAUCCAAGUGGCGGUGGAUUUCCACCAUAGGCCUAACUCGGAAGUGGAUCGUCCGGGAGGUUUGGUAUUGUUGGAAACCAAUAACAACGAUAUCAAGUGCAAAUCGAGUAACGAGCCCGCGGAUGGGGCCGUUGGGGGUGAAGUGUUGUCCGAAUCGGAUGUGGAUUCGGUUCGGACGGUGACUCCGGGUUUGGGUUCGGAGGUGCCGAAGGCUCCAAGUGUUCAAAUACGGCGGAAGCAGUAUCUGUACGAGCCUCCGUAUCUGACCGGGUCUGAGUACAGCGAUACCGAUUUCACCGAUACGGCCAGUAGCGUCGGUGGGGAGCUGGACGAUGCGGCGGAGUACGCAAGGGUGGAACUGAGACAGAGUGCUGUGGCGUUGCUAAAAUGGAGGCAACGAGAACUGCCCGGAGAUAGGGCCGCCGGCGGAAAGUCAUCAAAGUAUUGUUCCAACGGACGCAGCAGACGGAGAAUGGACGUUCCGCCCAAGUCGCGCUACACGGACACCUCGUACCUGAUCUUCCAGCAGCUGAAGGAGGGCGGGCUGCAGUGUGCCUUUCCGGCGAUCUACGAAUUGCUGAAUCCGGGCAGUCGCCCCAGUGGACGGCCGGUUCCCGUGGAUGAGCUGCCAGUCGGCGUGGAGCCGAUCGGCGAACCGAAGAAUGGCGCCGGUGCGAAGAAGCCGGCAAUCGGGGGACAGUACAAGGCGAAGGACAGUAGGAAGGCGGCGGGCAGUGGGAUACCGCGCAAGCAGAGCAAGGUCGCCGAGAAGCGGAAGAAUCGGAGAAGCUUGGAGCUGAAAGCGGUUGAAGAGGCUACGCGCGAGGAAGAAGAUGCGGUCAGUGUUGCCAAAGAAGAGGGGGUGAUCGGGGAAAGGGAAGAUGAGAAGAAAGUACAAGUGUGUGAUUUGAGGGGGGUGGUUGGGGGAGCGGAUGUGACCGAUUCGCGGCAUGUGAGUGUGAUCAGCAGUGGUGACGAGCAGGGUUGUGUAGUGCAGAAGGAUAUCCAGGUGGCGGUGGAUUUCCAUCAUAGGCCUAACUCGGAAGUGGAUCGUCCGGGAGGUUUGGUAUUGUUGGAAACCAAUAACAACGAUAUCAAGUGCAAAUCGAGUAAUGAGCCUGCGGAUGGGGCCGUUGGGGGUGAAGUGUUGUCCGAAUCGGAUGUGGAUUCGGUUCGGACGGUGACUCCGGGUUUGGGUUCGGAGGUGCCGAAGGCUCCAAGUGUUCAAAUACGGCGGAAGCAGUAUCUGUACGAGCCUCCGUAUCUGACCGGGUCUGAGUACAGCGAUACCGAUUUCACCGAUACGGCCAGCAGCGUCGGUGGGGAGCUGGACGAUGCGGCGGAGUACGCAAGGGUGGAACUGAGACAGAAAAAUGCCCACGAAGAUGAACAGCAACAACUACAUCAGCAACAGCAGCAGCAACAACAGCAACAGAUUAUCAACAGCAAGUACAACUCGUUCCCGCUUCAACAGCAGCAGCAGACACGGCAGACCACCAGCAGCCUGAACCAUGUAAAUAACAACAGUAUCCCCAACGGGGGCAGCCAUUACCAACAGCAACAGCAGCAUAAUUACUCGUCACAGGUCCAUCAGUACCAACAGCUGCAGCCAUUGCCGCUGCAACAACAACAACAGCAGCACCAGUAUCACAGUAUCGAAUCCUAUCAGGAUCGGGGAUCGACGGCCCUCCGGUUAAGUUAUGUCACCGAGCGGAUACUGGCGUCGAUACUGCCCGCGAGGCGGACGAUCCGCAAUGGCACCACCACGCCGGUGCCGGGACUGUUCGCCGACGAGCACGAACGGGAGCUGAUCGAAAUGCUGGAGCAGAAGCACGAGAAGAACUACCGGAUAUUCGACCUGGAGUCGUGCAUCGCCAGCAUCAGCCUGGAGAAGCUGUGCGAACUGUGCAAGCACAUCGAUUCGUGGCUCGGCAGCGGCAAGGAGAAGAUCGUCGUACUGCAGGACAGAGAGGACAAACAACGCCUCGGCACCGCGAUCGCCGCCUACCUGGAGUAUCAGAAAAUAUGCGGCUCCAACUUCCCCCAAUCCAACCGUACCAAAGCCCUCCAAUCGCCCGGCGGCGGUGGUGCCCCUGCGGACCUCAGCGGGGGACGCCGAACGCCCACCUGGCUCGAUCUGGACAUCUACUCAACCCAAAAAUUCCUCGAAUCCAUCACCGGCCCGCUGCGGAUCCCGUCGCACAAGCGCUACAUCAAGUACUUCUCCGGCCUUCUAUCGGGCACGAUCAAGAUGAACGCCGCGUCGCUCUUCCUGCGGGCCAUCAUCGUCGAGUCGCCGCCCUGUCUCCACUACCGAUCGGUCACCGUCAACAGCGAGUGGCGCAGUUUCGUCAAGAUCUACGAGGGCGUCCGGUGUCUGUUCACGUCGGACAUCUACGUGAUACCGAUCACCACCCGGCAGUUUAUCUACGAGAUCAAGCACCCGCUGCGGUUGCGCGGCGACGUCCUGAUCCGGUGCUAUCAGAUCAUACCAAAUAACAACAAACUGCACGACGAGAAGGAGCUGAUCUCGUGCGUGCAGUUCCACACCUGUGCCAUAACCGAGAGGGAAGUACAAUUCGCCAAGGUCGAGCUGGAUCUGGCGUGCAACGAUGAACGGUUUCCGGCCGAUCACAAAGUGAGGCUUUGCUUCGACACGACGCCAAAUGAGAGGAGUGCGAUACUGGUCUUCCAAAAUCCGCUGGUGCGAAUAGAGCCCAUCAUCGAGGGCGGCGAUCACCUGGAGACGAUCAAUGAAGACGAAUCGAGCCACACGCACGGACCACUGGACGGCUCUCUGUACGCGACCAUCCUUAAGAGCCCGAAAUCUCCUACCGGAAAUGGAAGCGUAGGGCAAACGACCCUAAUCUCACCGCCGGCCGAGUUCAGCAACGGAAAACCGAUCGCGAACGGACACCACCGUCCGGUUCCGCCACCGGUAACGCCUCCGCCGCGAAGUUCCUCGUCCCUAAGCUCGACGACGAGCUACAGCAUCUACGAAAGUGCCAAACGCGGUUACCAAAGUGCUACCAGCGGCGGUGGAAGUCCGAUCGCUGCUGUGCAGGGGGGUGGCGGCGGCGGCAGCAGGGGACCCGCAGUGGGUGGUGAAAGUGCUAAUAUUAGUCAUAGUGAAAGUAGUGGUAAUAUUGUUGUUAGUAAUAGUGCCGGUGGUAGCUACCGAAAUGUGAUAGAGAACGGGGGCAGCGGGGCUGCUACGUACGAUCAAAAUCAGAAUCUUGUUAGCCAAAGUCAUCAGGUGCAGCAGCAACAGCAGCUGCAAACGCAAAUCCGGAGUCAAGCCGAUGGGCGCGAAUCGGUGCGAAGUCCGUUGACACUUUCCAUGGACUCGGGCAUCUCGAGCAGUGGACCCGUUAACCGUCGCCUACAGGGCUCGAGUGUGUCGCCAUCCAGUUUCCCCAGUCAAGCCAGUCCGCAAGAUGAUCGUCAUCGGGAAUUGGACGAUCUGCUGUCCGACAUGCUGAUGACGGUUCAAGGCAUCCCCGACGUCGGCCGCAGCAAAGGUGGAGCACCCACAACAACGGCAACACCAGCGACGACGUCAGCGCAAGCCACCCACCAUCAUCAUCACCAUCAUCACCACCUUCACCAUCAUCAGUCGUCGUCGCAGCAGGCGAGUGAUCAUUUCGUAAACACCAGCACCGAUACCAUCAAGCGAUCACACUCGGCCCAGCUCCCAGCGCUCAGAGAAUCCGCCAAAGAGCGCGAGUUACUGCUGUACGAAACGAGCAGCACGACGACCACCCUCACGCCGCCUCCCAGCGAGAGCGGCCGCGAGACACCGCUGCUGAGCAGCGCCUACUCAACCAUCCGCGAUAAGCGGGAUCUCUGCCUCACGCCGACCGAGUGCGAGCUGCUCAUGAACCUGCAGCAACAUCAGUCUUUCGGCUAUCCCCGUCAGGCGCGGUCUACUACGGGAGCUUCGGAACGGUUCACAUCGGACGACGACGACGAUCAUUACGGCGUAGGCGGCGGCAGCGGCAGCAAACAGAUUCCCUAUCACGCCCGGGAGGAUUCGAGACCCUUCACCUACGGCAGCAUACCGCUAACGGGUACGCCCCAAAACCCGCCCGCUUCGACCAUGCUCAAGAUGCAGUCGGGCCUGUCGAGUCCGUCGAUGGUGCGCAAGGCGAUCGGGGGGACGCCAACGUCCGCUCGGAAAUCCACCGGAAUGGGUGGCGGCGUUGGCUCGGCGGCGGCCGCCGGUUUGGGCGGUCGCAAUUCCGAGUUCGAAGAAAUGCUCCGCGAACGGCGCGAAAAAGUGUUCAGUGAAAAGUACACCAUCGGGGAUCAGUCUCCGCGGGGGACCGACACGGUGGACAAUCGGUGGAACUAUAGCACCACGAUCCGGACCACGGUGGAACAGCAGCCGCUGCAAGGCGACCACAACACCAACGGAUAUCUUCUGCACGAGCCGCUGAAACGGUCCAACACCAUGGACGGCAGCUUCGGACGGCAAUUCUCCCACGAUGGAAUCUCCGGCCAGACAUGGCUUCAGCUUCAGCAGCAAAAACUACGUGCCAGAAAGGAACAACAGAAACGAGAACAUUCAAAUAGCUUUAGUUAUAGUUAUGGCAGUCCUGCAUUCCCCACCAACGCCUCCGAUAUGCCAAUGUACAGCACCACGCACCGGCGGAGCCAAACGUUGUCGCCGGUGCGCAACGAACGCAGCUACCACACACUGACGACGACGCACACGCGGACAAACUCGACCGAGCGGCCAUUCGUGGCCGUCAAGCGAGCCCACGAGAACGCCAAGAUGCAAACGAUUGGUUCAGCACCAUUGUCCGUCUUGAAUGCCUCACCGCACGGUCACAUUGCACAAGCCCAACAACAACAGUCACCACCAACAACGGUCGCAGCAACAGCAGCAGUAACAGCCACAGCCCCAUCGCCAUCCCCAUCCAUGGCUUCGACGACAGUAGAACAGCAUCAGCAUGGUAGUAGCAAUGCCAGUAGUAGUAGUAGCCCUCCCAUCAACAAUGGCCAUCAUCCGCAUCAUCAGCAUCACCAUCAGCAUGAGCACCACGUCAGUUUCGACAGCAGCACGCUCAGUCAACAGAAUGGGCUGCUCUCGCUGGCCGAUCAGGACCACUCGACUCCGAAGCACGGACAUGUGAGAUUGGAGUCCGAACAGAUAAUCUUCAGUAACAUAGACUGUCUCAAUAAUCUCGAUACUAGCGAAAAACUUAACAAUCUGCUAAAAGACAUAACCAACAGUGCGGCCGCGGUGCAGCGUGCGGCCAAAAGCAACGGCCACGCCCCGCUGGUAUCAAUUCCCGCCGCCAUUCCUGCCGCAACCACCAGCAGUGUUGUAACUAGCACAACUAGCAAUAAUCCCAGCGCCGCUACUAGCAAUACCUUCGCUACUACCACAACCUCCUCCAAUACUACUACCACCAUUAACCAUCAUCAUCUGCCGAAUCAUCAAGCUAGGUCCAUCAACAAUCAUACCCAUUCGAAUCAUUACCAAAAUGGUCACAGACGACCCCCGGCUCCGGAACCGAUGGACAUCUCGCCGACAUCGGCGCAGAACGGGCCCAAUUGCCUUCGGAUAGGGGAAGACCCUAGCGUACUGACCAGCAGUGGUCAGCUAGCGCUCGAUAAACUCCUGGCGUCUCUAGCGCUGGAGAACGACGUUACCGAACAGCAUCUCGCCAAGAUCGACCAGCAGCAGCAACUGUCGGCGGUGAUUGCCAACCUUACGGAGUACAACCUGAGCGAAGCUCAACGACUGAACGUGUACAACGGGAACGACCUGGGAGGCGAUGCCUUCCGGACACAUGCCGACAUUGUCAACGGCAAUGGGUUCCAUCAUCAUCCCCACCAUCAGAAUCCGCUGAUGAACGGCCGGACGCCGGAUCCUGGAGGUUUGCUAAUAAAUAACCACGUGCGGCGGAUAGCGUCGGAAAGCGACAGCACGAUCUCGUCCAUCUCGCCGAGCCUGUCGGAGCGAAGUAAUGCCAUCUCGUGGUGCGAUCAGGCUAGAGAGGAAUCCUUCUCAUCCUACCGCUCGGAAACGGAACCGGACACCUCGCCGGCCGGCGGUUCGCCACGGCCCGAGACGCCCGCCUUCCCCGUGACCCCACGCACACCGUAUGGCCUUAGCAAUGGCAGCUCCAGUCCAGCAUUGCCGCCCAAGAGUCCGACAUCACAACGAAAAUACAACUCGACUUGGUCGCUGAGAAGUCAGAAAUCGACCGUCUCGACGUACGACGUGAGCAAGGACUUAUUCACCGGCAGCCAGCAGCGCUCCCAGCACGAGAUCAUCAACCAAAACGAUGCGAUGUCAUGCUACACAUCACGCCGCAACUCGACCACAUCCAACGCCAACAGCGAACCGCAGGAGGUGGCACCGCAGUUCGUCAAGUUCGCCCGGGACUCGUCCAAGUACUGGUACAAGCCGAACAUUAGCCGCGAGGAAGCGAUAGCCCUGCUCCGGAACGCCCCACCCGGAACGUUCGUCGUUCGUGAUUCGACCACGUUUGCCAACGCGUACGGUCUGGUGGUCAAGGUGGCCCAUCCUCCCCCGGGGGUCCAGUCCAAGGGACCGAACAGCGAGGAACUGGUGCGGCACUUCCUGGUCGAGCCGACGAUCCGCGGAGUCCGCUUGAAGGGCUGCUCGAACGAGCCGGUCUUCACGUCACUCUCGGCCCUGGUGUACCAGCACUCGAUCACCCCGCUGGCCCUGCCCUGUCGGCUCAUCAUACCGGAUACGGAUCUACAGCAGACGGACUUCCAAUCGCCGGCCCAGCAGCAACUUCUGAUGCAAGGUGCCGCGUGCAAUGUUCUGUACUUGUUCACCUGCGAUACCGAGUCGCUGACAGGACCGCAAGCCAUCAGGAAGGCAGUGGGACUACUGCUAUCGGCACGACCACUGCCAAAACCCACGCAAGUGCACUUCAAAGUAUCGAUCCAGGGUAUCACGCUUACCGACAACACCCGGCAGUUGUUCUUCAG